GGAUCCAGCAGUUCUGGAGCAUAGCACUGAGCAUCAACAGCCUGCUCUGAACCAGCUUUACAACCCCUUUGAUGAAGGCAGAGGGCACAAUCGUGCUCCUAUAAUGACCACUCCCCUGCCCCCAGCUCAGCCACCAGAGCAACCCGUUGUGCCUUCAGUAUGUCAGAACCCCCGGAGUCCGAUGGAGCACCGUUCAUAUGGAACCCAGAAGCCCACGACAAUGCUCACGGCUGACCUGCUGAGGCAGCAGGAAGAGCUGGAGAGGAAAGCAGCUGAGUUAGACCAAAAGGAGCGAGAGCUACAGAAUGCAGCCAUCUCAUCCAGCACAUCCCUGAAUAAUUGGCCUCCACUGCCUUCCUUCUGCCCAGUGAAACCAUGCUUCUAUCAUGACAUCAAGGCAGACAUUCCCUGUGAUUUCCAGAAGACUGUCAGCGUGAUGUAUUACCUGUGGAUGUUAACUUCAGUUGUUCUCUUCCUCAAUCUCCUGAGCAGUCUGGCCUGGUUCACCGUUAAUACGGAAGCUGGAACACACUUUGGCCUUUCUAUCCUCUGGCUGCUUCUCUUCACGCCCUGCUCCUUUGUGUGUUGGUACAGACCGUUGUACAAGGCAUUCAGGGCUGACAGCUCCUUCAAUUUCUUCUCCUUCUUCUUUGUUUUCUUUGUCCAAGACAUCGUGUUUGUUUUGCAGACAGUGGGCAUUCCAGGCUUGGGAUUCUGUGGCUGGAUUUCUUCACUGUCUGCGUUGAAACUCAGUGUGGGAGUGGGAGUCGUCAUGAUGAUGGUCUCGAUCCUGUUCACAGCCUGUGCAGCACUGGGGGUCGUGAUGUUGAAACGGGUCCACUCCCUUUACCGAAGGACUGGUGCCAGCUUCCAGAAGGCACAAGAGGAGUUGGCAGCCGGGGUCAUGUCGAACCCAGCCAUGCGGAACGCGGCUGGGGCUGCUGCUGGAGCAGCAGCACAAAAUGCCUUUCAACGUAACUGACAACAUGAAGGAGCCACAUUGCCUCCUCUUUCACCAGGCCGUUCCCUCCUCUGCCUCCCUCCCCACCCCAUUCCCUCCUCUGCCUUCGCUUCAGCUAUUCAUGGACAAGAGGACACGAAACAUUCAUACAGGCUUCAUGGCCAAUCACAAUAACUUCCUAUUGGUUAGCCAGUCAGAAGCUGGGAUUGUUGCUGAGGUUAAAGGUCGUGCCAAAUGAUUGACAGUGCAUCAUGGGUUUUAUUGUAUAUUUUUUGUUCUGGAUUAGUUAAUAAAGGGAAGCAACUGUGUAUGUUUGUUGCUCCAAAACUUAUGGUUUAAA